CCGGCGCCCAGCCCGGCCGCCCCCCGGGGCCCCCGCGCCUGAGCCCGGCCAGGGGCGAUGCGGCUGCCGGAGAGCGAUGGAGAAACUGGCCGCCGGGCUCGCCCAGAUCAGCUGGAGCUCGGGGGCGCUGCCCCUGGAUGUGAUCGUCAGCAAGUGCCGCCUGCCCACGCUGGUGCGCCUGGGGCCAGGAGAGUACGUGGAGGGGGUGAGUGACCAGGACGUGCUCCUCAUUCACUCCUGCCGCCAGUGGACCACGGUGACGGCUCACAGCCUGGAGGAGGGGCACUACGUCAUCGGGCCCAAGAUCGACAUCCCGCUGCAGUACCCAGGGAAGUUUAAGCUGCUGGACCAAGACCGGGACGUGCGCGAACCCGUUCAGUAUUUCAACAGCGUGGAGGAGGUGGCCAGCAGCUUCCCGGACCGCGUCUUCGUCAUGGAGGCCAUCACCUUCAGCGUGAAGGUGGUGUCCGGGGAGUUCAGCGAGGACAGCGAGGUCUACAACUUCACGCUGCAGGCGGGCGACGAGCUGACGCUGAUGGGCCAGGCCGAGAUCCUGUGUGCCAAGGCGGCGAAGGAGAAGUGGCGCCUCCCCACCCUCCUGCGCAAGCUGGGCAAGGGGAGCCCGCUGGGCAGCAAGCCGGCGAAGGGCAAGGUGCCCUGCCUGAUCUGCAUGAACCACCGCACCAACGAGAGCCUCAGCCUGCCCUUCCAGUGCAAGGGGUGCUUCAGCACCCGCAGCCCGCUGGAGCUGCAGAUGCGGGAGGGCGAGCACACCAUCCGCAGCAUCAUCGAGAAGGUGCGGCUGCCCGUCAACGUGGCGGUGCCCGGCCGGCCCUCGCGCAACCCCUACGACCUGCACGCCAUCCGCGAGGGCCACUGCUACAAGCUGCUCAGCAUCAUCUCCAAGACGGUGGUGCUCUGCUGCAUCCUGCGCCAGGAGGCCAUGGUGCCCUUCCACUUCCUGCUGCUGAGCGACAUGCCCCGCUUCGCCCUGCCCCAGGGGCUGCUCUGGGGCGACCCCCAGCUGGAGAAGCUGCUGCGGGACAGCACCGCCCUCUGCCAGGAGCGCUUCGACCCCGACGAGUACUCCAAAGCCGUGCGGGAGGCCAAGCCCGACCUGUCGGAGGAGUGCGCCAGCCCCCGGCGCAUCCGCCUCUGCCUGCAGGGCUGUGCCCACGAGGAGCUGGCUCCAGCCUUCCAGCGCCUCUCGCUCUGCAUCUACAGCGGGGGCUCGGCCCACGCCCCCGAGGACCCCCUGGCGGUGCCGGGCGGGCAGGCCCCGCAGCUGCUCCUGCCCCGCCAUGAGCGCUCGGCCCCGUCUGAGCUCCCCGACUCGGAGCGGGAGUACGUGACGCCCGAUUGGGCCGAGCCCGAGUUCAGGACUCAGGAGCCGGUGGAGAUCCCCUACGAGGAGCUCUGGGCCAACCAGAACCCGGAUGACUUCUCGGAGCCCAGCGGCAACCCGCCGGGGCUGGGCAGCGCCAACAAAGGGCAGCGCGACCUCAUGUCCUUCGCCGCCUCCUCUCCACUGGGCUCCCCCCACCGCCCCGCCCUGCGCGGGGAGGAGCCCAUGGGCGAGACGCCGCCUCCCGUCCCACCCAAAUCCGAAGCGGUGAAGGAGGAAUGCCGCCUGCUGAACGCCCCCCCCAUCCCGCCCCGGGGCAGCCGGCCCCACGCCACCUCCAGCCCACCCGUCCCCCUGCGCUUCCCAAAGCUCCAGCCAGCGCACUCGCCCAGUCCCAGCGUCUCGUACUACUCAGCCGGGCUCCACGACGCCUCAGGAACGCGGAGCGGGAGCUGCUCGCCCUCCCCGGACUCCUACUCCCUCUAUUGCUACCCCUGCACCUGGGGCGACUGCAAGGCCGGGGACUCUGCCGGCCGCCAGCUGCCGGGGACUGUGCCGCCCAGCACCCAGCCCAGCCAGACGUCCUGGUCGGACCCCUGGGCCUACGCCGACACGGGCCCCAGCGUGGCCAGCGGGCGCUCCACGCCCCUCCUGGGGGGCGACGCCCCCAUCAAGACCUACCACGGCUGCCCCCGCCUCAAGGCCCCCCACCCCCAGAAACGCUUCGCCCCUUUCGGGGCCCUGAACCCCUUCGCCAACCCCGCCUACUCGCCCAGCCCCUCCUCCUCCCCCGAGUGGCUGGAGGCCCUGGACUGGCAGAAGCCCCCCUCUGCGCCCACGCCGGAGACCUUCGACCCCUUCGAGAGCGCCCCCCCCGAGUCGGAGCGCUGCUACAGCCAGCCAGGUGCCUGCCCCGCCCCCCCGCCCCGGCCCCCCAAGAGCCUGGAGGCGGAGGGCCUUGUGAUCCGCAGCACAGCGCCGCUCCCGCCCACCAUCGUGCGCGGGGCCGAGGGGGGCGUCACCCGCGUCUACCUCGCGCAGGGCGUCAUCGAGGUGCCGCCGGCGUCGGCCCCGCGCAGCGGCCCGGGCGAGAACGCCAGCCACGUGCCCGGCGCGCCCCGGCUGAAUGGCGGCGGCUCGGCCUGGCAGCCCCCCGCCGACCUGGCGGCGCUCUCCGUGGAGGAGGUGUCCCGAUGCCUGCGCUUCAUCGGCCUCUCCGAGGACGCGGUGAGCUUCUUCGCCCGCGAGCGCAUCGACGGCAGCAUCUUCGUCCAGCUCCCCGAGGAGAUCCUCGCCGACGACUUCCGCCUCACCAAGCUGCAGGUCAAGAAGAUCAUGCAGUUCAUCAAGGGCUGGCGACCCAAGAUCUAGCGCGAGGCCUGGCUCGUGGCACGUAGACGGGGGGCCCGGCUCGUGGCACGUGGACGUGGGGCCCGGCUCGUGGCAUGUGGACGUGGCACCCGGCUGGUGGGCUCGGCCCGUGGACGUGGGACCCGGCUGGUGAGCUCGGCCCAUGGACUUGGGGCCCGGCUGGUGGGCUCGGCCCGUGGACUUGGGGCCCUGCUCGUGGGCCUGGGCCGUGGACAUGGGGCCCAGCUUGUGAGCCUGGCCCGUGGUCGUGGGGCCUGGCUGGUGGAUGCAGUCUGUGGGGUUGGGGUGGGCCCCCACACAAUGACCCAUUGCCUAGGAUGGGCUCUGUGGCUAGACCUGGCUCGUCGGGGUGGGGCCCUGCACAAUGACCCAGUCCAUGGGGGCCAGGCCCACGUGUACAGAUGUGGGGCCUCCAGUGUGCACAGCCCUGCCGAGGGGCCUGGGAGCAGCCCACUGGCACUGGGGCCCCGAGCACCGAGACCUGUCAUGGGACGGGGCCCCCAGCUCUGGACCACGAGGAGCUUUGCUGUCAGCUGCAGCUGGCCUGGUUCCCCUGGGGCCUCGUUCCCUUCCACCCCAUUGCUUGAUCCACACACCCCAUUACCCCUAUGCUCGGGGGGGGGGGGGAUCCCAGGGCCUCCUCCCCCCACCCCACCCUGAUAUCAUGCUGCCAUCUUCCCUCUCUGCCCUGAGCCUCCCUCUAGUCAGCAUGUGCCAUGACAGCCUCCUGGGGGUGCUGCAUCCCCUAAAUCCCCCCCACCCCCAGAUUCAGUGUCAUCCCCUGGGUGCCCAGUAGGGCCUUGAGGCAGCGGGUGCUGGGCCUUAGUGGGUGGCUGCCCCCGGAGGAGCAGAGCGCGAGUGGGCAGCAGGGCUGGGCAAGGCAUCAGCCUGGAGGGGGGCCCGGGAACAAUGACGGGUCUGGCUGUGGGCACAGAAGGCUGGGUGCAGUGCUGAGAGCUGGCUGACUGGGGGACUGGGGCACACUGCACCCCAGAAGGGCUAACACAGCCCUAGCCAGGACCUGCCCUGUCUGCGUGCAGGGCUGGGGUUUGGAGUGCUAGGCUGUAUAUGCCGGCUCACCCCCUCCCGGCCCCGAGCACGGGGCCCAGCCCAGACGCAGUGGCGGGGCCAAGCCUUGCCCUGGACAGCUGAACAGAGACGCGUGCCCGAGCCCCAGGCCUGCCUGCAUUUAACAGCUGGGCCUCCCUGCUGCCUUAGCAGAGUUCGCUGCAAUUCAUUUCCUUGUGUGUUUGGUGGGCUGCCUGUCCCCCUCGUCCCCCGCAGGGGCAGGGGCCUGCCUGUGCUCCUGCUUGGCUGCUCCUGAGUGGCUGGGUUACUGCCCGUUCAUUGCCCCCAAGGGCCGGUAUGCAGCCCAGCCCCCCCAGGCUCCAUGGCAAGGGGCAGGCCGUGCCCGCGGGCAGCACUGCAGGCUGGGCUGGGGCGUUUCAGUCUGAGUUUUUCACUCUGCCCCCUGCCGGCUGGCACCGCAGCCCCGGCCCUUGCUCAGGCAGGAGGAGGGGUGCUUGGCCCUGCAGAGCGCGGCAGCCAAGAGCCAUGCCCCAGCUACUGCCCAGGGACCUCAGAGCACGAGGGGCAGGAGAGAUUCCCAUCUCGGGGGGACGUACAGGACACAUGGCAGGGCCCCCGCCCCAGCAGCCGCCUGGCAGCUAUCGGGGUGCCCGGAGAUACCGCGAGUGCCUUCUGCUCGGGGCAAGCCCUCAGCACGUGGCUGCAAGCCAGCGUGGCCUUUCGGACAGCGUCCGAGCCCCGGCGCCCACAUCCGAGCCACGUCUCUGGCCUGCCACCCACCCCAGCACUUGAACUAAGAGGGCACGGCCCGCCCCGCCCUCAGCCCCGGUGCAGGGCCAGCAGCCGCUGCUGGGCGCUGCCGUUACCUGCCGGGGGGGUUAACUCGCCUGCCACAGGGGCUGGGGUAUUUAGCGGCCUGCGGCUGCUCGCCCCCCCGGCCCGCUCAAGGAGCUUGGCUCCGGCUGGCUCAGUUCAGGGGCUCGGACGCUCGCCCCUCGUUGGGGUUAACACCGGCUAGCGCCGCGCUCUCAGCCCCACCGGGCGGGGCCGGGCUUGGGUUUGGUUCUGCUGGUUUAACUUAAUCCUUGUGGAUUAGUGAAAUAAAGAUUUUAAAAGGCAGCCCCGGCCCACGGGAACGGCUGUUUGCAGGGGCGGGAGGGCCUGGGAGCUGGGAUGGAAGAAAGAAGCUGGUUGGGGGGUAGCUGCAUGCCCGCUGCCCCCAGCCUUCACCCUGGGCCAGUAGGGCCUGAUCCCUGCCCCACUGCACAGGAGGGGCUGGGGCCGGAUCCCCGAGCCCCUCUGCCCGGGCCCUACGCUCGCAGCUGGGGCCGGAUCCCUGCGCCCCUCCGCACGGGCCCUACGCUUGCAGCUGGGGAUGCGCCAUUCCAGCAACCCAGCCCUGCUCUUCCUUUUCAGCCCUCGUGAGCUGCGCCCUGCGGAGGCCGAGGCGGGUUCUGCUAGCACAGGUGGGUCAAGGCAGCCACUGGCCGGAUGCUACUGGUCCCACGCCUCUGGGGUGAGAUCUGCACAGCGCGGAGGGGAGCCUGUAGCCCCAUGGCCUAUGGAUCUAGGCCAGGGGUUGGCCCCCUUUCUGAAGCGGUGUGCCGAGUCUUCAUUUAUUCACUCUAAUUUAGGGUUUUGCAUGCCAGUAAUGAGAAUCCAUGUGACCCAUACUGAGCUGCACCCCUCACUGCCCCAGGCUGCAGCCAGAGGGCCAUAGCUGGGGGCAGCUGCAGAGGCCCAGACCGGUGGCCGGGACUGGGAACCGGGCUGGCGGCCAGUACCCCAGGCCAGCACCCCAGGCCAGCAGCAGGGCCUCCCCGACCAGUGGCCACGAGCCAGGGCUGGCAGCGGGCUGAGCAGGGCCAGCGGCCAGGACCCCAGCUAGCAGAUGGCAAGCAGCCGGUACCCCAAGCCAGUAGCAGAGUCCCCUGGACUAGUGGCUGGGACUGGUAGCGGGUGAGCAGAUAGAAGCCCAGACUGGCACCGGAGCCCCCCGGACGGGUGGCCGGGACCUGGGCCCAGCAACAGGCUGAACAGGGUCGGUGGCCGGAAGCCCAGCUGGCAGGGGGCCAGCAUGCCAGGCCAGUAGUGGAGCCCCCGUGACCGGUGGCCGUGAGCCGGACAGUGUGAGUGCCACCGAAAAUGAGCUCAUGGGCCAUAGGUUGCCUAGGUUCCCACAUGAGCUGGCUCCAGGCUGGCAGCUGUGAGCAACACAGGCCACACCCGAGACCUGUUUAACAGGCUGCCUAGGCAGAGCCAAGCCCCUGGCCAUGGUGCUGGAACAGCUUGGAGCUGCUGGAACAAGGCAGGCAGCUGGAGAGGAGAGCCCCUGGCCCCUGCAUGGGGCAGAGCUAGGACAUACAGCGGAGUCCCAUGGAAAUCCAAGAGGGCCGCCCCUGCCUGGGGAAGGGAAACACUCUCUGGAGCUGGGCAGCACCUGCCAGGCCUGGAGCAGGGGCCCGAACUAGGGCAGGUGCCCAGACCUGAACUGAGGAAACUUAGAGCAAGAGGAAACAUUUUCUUAAAGGGGAGGUAGGAGGCUCCAGGGGACACAAGGAGCAGCAGGGUGAGGGCUGGGUAGCUCCAGGGGGGCUCCCAGCUUCCUGUUUUCACCCCCAUAACUGAUCAGAGCCAGAGACACAAGAGUCACCUGCUGUGGGGUGGGGGCGGCCAUCCAAACAGCCCCCACUGAGGACGGAGGUAGCUGCAGCAGGCAAAGGAAGUCUAAGCACCACAUGUUGCUGGGGCUAAUCUAUGGGGGGGGGGGGCGGCUAUCAGUGACAGGUGCACAGAGAUUUAAAGCCUUUUAGUUUAAAUUAGUUCUGCCCAUGGCAGCCUUCCUGGCCUUCAGGGGAUGGAUUUGCAAUUACAGGAGCCUCCAGCUGCCACUCUAACCCUAGUGGGUCAGGGCAGCUGG